CAGGCCCAGAUUGCCUUCCUUCAGGGUGAAAGAAAGGGACAAGAAAAUCUGAAGAAGGAUCUAGUGCGGAGAAUCAAAAUGCUGGAAUAUGCGCUUAAACAAGAAAGGGCUAAAUAUCACAAACUAAAAUAUGGCACAGAACUGAAUCAGGGAGAUAUGAAGCCACCAAACUAUGAUUCUGAUGAAGGGAAUGAAACAGAGAUUCAGCCGCAACCAAACAGUCAGCUAAUAUGGAAACAAGGACGGCAGCUCCUAAGACAGUACCUGCAAGAAGUGGGCUACACUGAUACGAUAUUGGAUGUAAAGUCAAAACGGGUACGCGCUCUGUUGGGCCUCUCAAGUGAUGCUUCAGAGAAGGAAAACAGAAAUCAGGAGCCCAUGGUAAAUGGCACGGAGAGCCAGAUGAAAGAAAACGCAAUGAUUGGGAAACCAGAUUUGACCGACUCUGCCUCUCUGCUAGAGACCUUCAAGUUUCUUGAAAAUGCAGCUGCAGACUUCAGUGAUGAAGAAGACGAAGAAGAUAUUGAAGGAAGAGAGAAAACAAUCAUUGAUACCUCAACAAUUGUGAGGAAAAGAGUGCUGUCUGACAGCAGUGAAGACAGAGAUACAGAAGAAGCUUUGAAAGAGUUUGACUUUUUGGUUACCUCAGAUGAAGGUGAUGGAGAAUCAAGAAGUUCAGGAGAUGGAACAGACUGGGAAAAGGAAGACCAGUGUCUCAUGCCUGAAGCGUGGAAUGUGGACCAGGGAGUAAUAACCAAGCUCAAGGAACAAUACAAAAAGGAGCGCAAGGGGAAAAAGGGGGUGAAGAGAAAAACUACCGAAGAUAUGUUUCAGCCUCAGUCCUAUAUAAAACAGUCAAAACAGGGAUGUGGGAAAGUGAUGGAGCAAAGUACAGGACCCAACAGGUCAAAGCUGCAAGAUAUGCUUGCAAACUUGAGAGAUGUUGAUGAUCUCCCUUCAUUACAGCCAUCUGUUACACCCCCUUCCAGACCCAGUAGCUCAAGGCUCAUUGAACACGAGAUAAACAGGACAGAUGAAGUGGAAGCAUUAACAUUCCCUCCUUCUUCAGGAAAAUCUUUCAUUAUGGGAACAGAUGAAGCCCUUGAGAAUGAGCUGGGUCUUGGAGAGCUCGCAGGCCUUACAGUAGCCAAUGAGGCAGAUUCACUGACGUACGAUAUAGCAAACAAUAAGGAUGCCUUGAGAAAGACUUGGAACCCCAAAUUCACUUUAAGAAGUCACUUUGAUGGAAUAAGAGGUCUUGCUUUUCACCCAGUUGAACCAGUCUUAAUAACAGCUUCAGAGGACCAUACAUUAAAAAUGUGGAAUUUACAAAAAACAGCCCCAGCAAAAAAGAGUGCUUCUCUUGAUGUAGAGCCAAUAUAUACAUUCAGAGCGCAUAAUGGACCAGUGCUUUGUGUGGUGAUGAGCAGCAGUGGUGAGCAGUGUUACAGUGGGGGAACUGAUGGCCUCAUCCAUGGCUGGAAUACAACGAACCCAAACAUCGACCCCUACGACUCUUAUGAUCCCUCUGUGCUCAGAGGUGCCUUCGUGGGGCACACGGACGCCGUGUGGGGUCUGGUGUACAGUGCAGCCCACCAGCGCCUGCUGUCCUGCUCCGCCGACGGCACUAUACGCUUGUGGAAAGCUACCGAAAUUGCUCCGGCUCUUAAUGUAUUUAAUGAUAAUCAAGAAUUGGGAAUCCCGUCAUCAGUGGAUCUUGUGAGCAGCGACCCAAGCCUCAUGGUAGCAUCAUUUAACAGUGGGCACACGAGCAUUUUUAACAUGGAGACACGGCAACGAGUUCUUACCCUGGAGUCUGGAGUCGAUAGUACAAUCAGUUCUUCCUGUCAGAUAAACAGAGUCAUCAGCCACCCAACUCUUCCAAUUAGUAUCACUGCUCAUGAGGACAGACACAUCAAAUUCUAUGACAACAAUACAGGAAAACUGAUCCAUUCCAUGGUAGCUCACUUAGAUGCAGUUACAAGUUUAGCUGUUGAUCCCAAUGGCUUGUAUUUGAUGUCUGGCAGUCAUGACUGUUCAAUUCGCUUAUGGAAUCUUGAAAGUAAGACCUGCAUCCAGGAAUUUACUGCUCAUCGCAAAAAAUUUGAUGAAUCCAUUCACGAUGUGGCAUUCCACCCAUCCAAAUGCUAUAUUGCCAGUGCAGGAGCAGAUGCUCUGGCUAAAGUGUUUGUAUGACAGAGUGCUUCCCUGUCAACUCUAGCUUGUAUAUAUUUAACCAGCUGCACAAAAGAGAAGAAGAGGGCAAGAGUCUCCUUACCCUGCCCUAUAAUUCAGAGAAUGUUUGUAAGUGUUUAGUUUUUGCAGGAUGCUCUUUUCUAAAUUAAGGUUUGUUCUGGUUUCUGUGAGCUCAGCUGGUGCUGAGAGCUUGGAAACUCUCAGUUUCAAAUAGUUCAAAAACAAAAGAAGCGCUUUUAUUUCAGAGGGUGUGAGUUUUCAUCCAGGCAGGCCUUGGGUGAAACGUAGGUCUAUGUAUUCUCUGUUAAUAAAAUGGGAUACUGGAAAGGAACAGUCCAGUUGCUUCAGGGAGUGGGAAAAGAGGGAAACUUCCUGGGAUGCUUCUCAUGGGGGAAUCUUAAUGUGCUUAAAAUUAAAUCACCUGGAAAAAGUGUCAGUUCACAUGCUCAUUACUGUGCUGUGUGAGAGUCACUUUAUCAUCCCUUUGGUAUUAAUAAGUAGAUAGUGCUCAGAGAGCAGUAGCUGG